AUGUCGCUAACGAAUUAUUAUUCCAUGAUGGGUCUCCAGACCGAGGAGCCGUAUGGUGCACAUUUCAUCCCGGGAGGCUUGCAAGGUUCGACGGCCGGUUGCGCGAAGCCAGCCAGAGGAGCGGAGGAAGAGGAGGGGACCCCUGGCUCACACAUCCCAGAUUUUUCACAUUUUUCCAACAAAGCAAGCCUAAAUGGCUUUUCUCCUUGGACAAACACCACUACUUCCCCUUCGCCAUCUUCUCCACAGCUGCAGUCCGCCCCUGGUGCCUCCAUCCCCGGCCUUUUUCAUCCACAUCCCCUCCUGAGCCACCACCACCACCCCUACUACGGUCCACAGGCUCCGACCCACGCCGAACACCUUGCAACCGCGGCCGCGUCCGAGAGCAGGUUCGUCCGCUGCUGGGAGGGGGCGACCCCCACUUCAGAGACCGCUUUGUCUCAAGUUUCGGCAAGUUUCCCCGCGUGUCUUCCCGUCCAGGGCGACCUCUCCAAUCCAAGCCCGACGUUUAACACAAUUAAACCAGAGAGUUCCCCGCUGUCACACGAAAGCCCCGACGAGUCCAACUUCGCCAGUCCGGCUGACGUGGUCCUGGAGCGGCUCGGGACUGUGGAGGAGCUGGGAAGGAAGCCCGAGCCAAAGAAGGAGGACGAGGAGAGAAAAACACAGCAGCAGCAUGACCCGGAAAAUCCAUCAGCCAGUUGGAUCCAUGCCAAAUCAACCCGGAAAAAGAGAUGUCCAUACACCAAACACCAGACCCUGGAGCUGGAAAAGGAGUUCCUCUAUAACAUGUACCUGACCAGGGAUCGGCGCCUGGAGGUGGCAGGACUUUUAAACCUGACAGAAAGACAGGUGAAGAUCUGGUUCCAGAACAGGCGGAUGAAGAUGAAGAAGCUGAUGAUCCGAGAGCGGAGGGGUAUCAAUGAAUGA